ACUCCACCAGUGCCUAACCUGGAAUUGGCGAUCUUUCUACGCGCUCUGAAUGCUGAAAAAAUGACCGAUUUGUCGGAUGAUGAUUUCAACUGCAAGCGCAUUAGGGAAUGCAGAAUUGGGGUGAUGGGUGGAUCAGGUGUGGGGAAAACUAGCCUGACUCGUGUGCAAUAUGGGAAUGAUAUCCUGUUUAGUGAUCUUCUAGGAAAACGUACAGAAGCCAGUCUCAGUAACACAUUUAUGAUCGAUAUUGUGGAUUCUAAUGUACGUUUUCUCUAUCUUUUCCCCAUUAUGAAUAAAAAAGAAUGCAGCUUCUUUCAGAACAGUGAAAGUUGCAUUCAAACUUCUCAAGGGUUCGUCAUAAUGUAUUCGAUUACGGAUCGUGAAUCGUUUUAUGAGGCUGCCGACAUCUUCUCUGCUAUUGAACGAGCCAGAGGAGGGAAGGUAUGUUCUCAACUUCAAAUAAGUUCCGCUUCUACACUUUGA